GAGAGUCAAAUCAACCUUUUAAAUACGAAGCUAUCCGAAGAACAGGAAAAAAUCAUCGCACUGGAAAACUACUCUCGCCGAGAGAAUCUCCGAUUUAUGAAUAUACCGGAGCAAGAACACGAGAACUGCACUGACACCGUUUAUGAUAUCGUCGAGAACGGGUUGAACAUAAACACACAGAAUAUAUACUUUCAUGCUGUCCACAGAGUCGGUAAGCCACGUUCGCCUGAGGACUCCCAUCACCAUCCCCGACCCAUCAUUGCGCGUUUUCUCUGCCGGGAAGAUAGGGACCGUGUUCUUGAAUCGAAAGGAAGAUUGAGACACUCGACGGAUUAUCCAAACGCGUAUAUAAGUAAAGACUAUGCAAAGGCGAUACAGCUUGAAAGAAAGAAACUAAUUAAAGCGAUGUUCAUAGCGCGGAAGAAAGGCAUGAGCGCGAAAGUAGUGGACACAAAUCUAGUAAUAAAUGUUAACGUUUAUCAUGUUGGUAACAUACCCGACGAACUUAAACCUGCAGCUGAAUCUACACGCUCGUAGAAGUUUUCUUUACUCAGGUCAGUGCAAUUCGAUUUUUCUCAGUUGCCUUUUUGAGCUAUUUUGAAAAAAUAGCUCAUAUGUCAGCGGUGUGAGCGUAUGUAUCUUUGUGGCUUUGUAUCUUUGUAUCUUUGUAACUUUGUAUGUUCGGAUGUUUGUUGCAAGAGCCAAUAAGGUUGAAGGUACUAUGAGUUGAUGCUAAGGAACCAAUGAGAUCUUGGCAUCUACUUAAAAAUCACAUUGCUAAAGGUCGAACAAGGGCACUUUAAGACCGCCAUCUUGAUUCUUUACAAUUUGUUCGUCUUUUAUUACUGCUACAGGUGUUUGGAAACAUUACAUUAAAUAUCUUCAUGAUUCAAACGCUGUGUACAGUGAUGCAGCUGUUUAAGGGUUCAUAUUUUAGUGUGGAUGCUACUUCAAGACAUUUCUGACCGAAUUCGGCUAUUGCGAACGGUACCACGCACGUAUUUAUGAGUUGUGUUCCACCUGCUUCAAGGUAGAGUAUAAACGAUCGUAUAUUUUCAAAGCUCUUCCAGUGAAGCAAUAAUUGAUAUUUAGAUAUGGACUUUAAUUCGAAAGUAUGCGGCCUAUAAAAUGUGGUUUUAGAAGUUUGAAAAGCAGCUUAUUUUUUUUGAAGCUGUACCGAGUAUUGUUAAUCCUGUAAACAAGCUGUAGAAAUAUUAUUCUCUCGCUCACAAAGUUCAACAGACCUUUUUCGUUCCGGCAAAACAACAACAAAAAGGAAUAAUAAGUGAACAACAUGAUACAUCCUUCCUGCAUACUAAGCAUUAUAGUUAUUGAAACGUAUUUUAUUUAGUAAAGAUGCGUAUAAACUUAAGUAGAAACAGUAGCGUUAGGGAAUAAAAUUGGAAGAAGCUAGUUGACACAAUAAUUAGGUACUGCUUUAUUGAGUGGAGUAACAUGAUAAUAUGAGCAGAAAUAUAUUUCGGCCGUUUGAUAAUUUUCUUGGAAGUUAAUAAUUGUUAGGCUAUCAACCUUGACGUUGCAUGAAACAUAAUUUAAUUGCAGCUGUUGUAAUGAAGCCGAGGUGAUUUCUUAAAAUCGUUUGAGAAAAUUUUGUAGUAAACAAUUUGCGUUUUUUUUAAAGUACGAAUUGUAAAAGGGUCAAAGACCAACAUCUUCACGUGCAAAUUGUGUGCAUGAGUUAUUUUUAUAAUUCUGUUUACUCGAUUACUGUGUGAUAACUCGAAUUCCCUCACGUACGAACCACGAAAGGGGGCAAAGUCCAACACUUUCACGUGCCAGUUGUGUGACUGUACAUCUCAUGCAGAUUGGCUUUUCACAAUAAUAAUAGUGACUUGAACGUAUGAAGACCUAUUUUGUUUUGUAAGCUUUUGUAACCAAUGCCUUAAAAAAGACUCUUGUCUUUUAAGUUGCAAUAGCUUUUAAAACAUGAAGAAAUAAGUUGUCAGAGUUAAACACUGUUUCACUGAGUAGAAUCGCACGUGAAAACCUCGUGAAUUGUGAUGAUGCAACCAUAUACCACAAUGAUAAAAAAUCCUGGUAUUUCGUAACUACUCGAAUUCGAUGAGUUACAUUUUGGCUCAAGAAACUCCGAGGAAACCUUAGAGUUUUCCCUCUAAUCAACGUUUGGUGAGUAGACAUAUAUUUUACUUUAACAAUUUGUUUAAAUUGCACCAAAUGUAACAGGGAAAGACAGAGGAAAGUAGCAUGAGGAUCGACGCAGCUGAGCGUUUCGCGUUUUCAUUUAUUUACGGCAAUGCUCAAUUUCGCACAAAAACCCAGUCUACAUUUAGGACGAAAAACGUAGAUUCAUCACUCUUGGUAAGGUUACACUGAAGCAUUAAAGUUACACUGAAGCAUUCAAAAUAGCUCAUGCACGUUUAACGUACCUAUGUUCAUUAAUUGCUAUUGCAAUCUUUAAGACUGAGACUAGUACUCCACGUUUGCUUCGCCGUUUGCACACAACGAAUUCUUUCCUUUUUGUAUAUUGUAAGUUCUAAAGUUAAACUAUUUGGCGUUCCGUCCUUUCCGGAGUCGUCGAUCUUUCUGUUUCAAGGUAUUUUCUCCCUAAGCCGCUUAAAUUUUACCUUUUUUUGUUUUUGUUUAUAGUUUUAUGUUUCCAGUGUAGCCGUUGUUUUGUUUUUUUUUCGGUCAGUAGAAAAUAUUUUUCAGUCCUACCAAGUGUUAACUAUCGUAAUUUGCAUUUUGUUUCUGCAUUCCAGUUCACUACUUAACUUUUAAUCAUCAACACGUUCCCAUGCCCAAUUGACGAAUUGAUAAUCUGUUCUCUUGAUGUGAGGGGCUUAUCCAACAACCUUAAGAGGCGAGAAACCUUUCGUUGGCUUAGAAUGAAAAAAGUUGGAAUAUUCUUUCUUCAAGAAGUCCACUGCCAAAGAAAAAGAACGACUGUGGUCAUCAGAAUUGGGCUUCUCAGCUAUUUUUAGUAGUGUUUCUAGCUCAAGUGCAGGGGUAUGCAUUCUGUUUAACAACAAUUUUCAGUUCAAAAUCAAGAAACAAUUUUCUGAUCCAGAUGGAAGAUUUAUUUUAGUAGAUUUGAAACUUGGAAAUAAGACUAUAACCUUGGGAAACAUUUAUGCACCAAACGAUGACAAUCCGAAUUUUUUUAAAAACGUUCCCAGCCACCUCCUCUCUUUCGAGUGCGAGGACAUUAUCCUGGGUGGCGAUUUUAAUCUAGUAUUGGACGUCCAAAAUGAUAAGAAGGGAGGAAGACUGACCACUCACAAAAAUUCUUUGAAGGAAGUUCAGAACAUAAUAAAUUCGCUAGACCUUAUCGACAUUUGACGGGUCUCCAAUCCGGAUAUCAGAAGAUUCAUUUGGAGAAGAAGCAAGCCCGAAAUUCACUGUCGCUUAGACUUUUUCUUGACGAGUAAUAGUCUAAGUUCGGCAAUUACAACAGCUGUUUUUUUACUAAGGUACAAAACAGACCAUUCUUUGAUAACGCUCCACCUUGCAAACAAUACCAAUCCCAGGGGCCCGGGCUUCUGUAAGUUAAAUACGUCUUUUCUAUCAGACAGUGAAUAUAUUAAUUUGAUAAAAACAACAAUCACUGAAGUUGCAAAUGAAUGCCGAAAUAACACUGAGGUUGAUGCCGUGCUCCUUUGGGAUACAAUGAAGAUGCAAAUUCGUUCAAAGUCAAUACAAUACGCA